AACUGCAGGUUUCAGUACCACGUGAUUGGGAAAGAGUUCUGGUUGUGCGACUCCCUUUCCUUAGUCCAUGAUGCAAUAUUUUAUGUAGAAAGCCUUUCACGGUUGCUGGUAAAUUCAAAAUGAAGGAGUUAUGGGGAAUAAUAACAGGACGGUGGGUCACACUGUGGAUUAUGGAGCUGAUGAGGAAAAGUGUAUCAGGUGUAAUAAUGAAGAGGAAAAACAAACUGUACGGUGUGAUUCAGGAAGACACUGGAGGAUAAUCUGAUCUAGAUGACACCGAUUCAGGUCAACAAGAGUUGUGAUGAGCUUUACAUGGGUGGUAAAUAUAACUACUCCACAUCACUACAUUGCGAGGACCCUGAGAUCAACUGGAAAUCGCUGGAUGAGAUUGCGCUGGGCCAAGAAAGAUUUUUGAUUCGUGAUUACUGCGAGAGUGGGAUUCAGUGCACUGUAACGUGUACUAAUCCAGUUAAUGAGAUGGAAUACAUCUUCAACGUUUUCAACAGCUCUACGCCAACCACUGAAGCUGCUAAUGUGUACGGAACUCAAAUCAACACCAUCAUCUCCAUUGUAAUCUCCAUCAUCGUGGUUGCCAUUCUGAUCGUAGGCCUGAUUGUAGGAAUGUGCUACAGAAAACGAAGGGUGAUAGUAGGACUCAGGGAGAAAUUGAUUCGUGGCUACUGUCAACGAGCAGAUGAAAAUAACAGGUCAGACAUCCCACUGGAGGACAUUACAGAAAGAAACACUGAAGGUGAAGCUCAAGUGAACACCUCAAAUACUGAAAGCGUGGACCCUGGUGAUGUGAGCGCUAACCGCUUUAUGAACGGUGAUGUUAGAACUGAAGAAGCUCGACCACUCCGACUGCAUCCUUACAGUUGAUGUGUGCAGAGUCGUCGAGAGCGAGUGAAGAUUACGGUUCAACUUCAGAACUUCUGUCCAGUCUGCUUCUGCCUUUUCUACUGUCGCACUUUCCUUACACUUUUGUAUCUGAGACACUUUUGGAAAUCAACAGUACAAUUAAGUAGUUAAACUGAUACUGUGGUAUUAUAGGGCUCUAGAUAAAAGUGUAAUUUUUAGUCAUGACAAAGCAGAUCAAAUUUUAACUUUACACAUUUUUUUAUACUUUGUAGCAGUAUUUUGGUGUAAAAAUGUAUUUUCAUAUGUAGUACUUGCUAUAUAAAUAACAUUUAUAAGAACUCAUUUUUGCCAAAGAAAGGGAAGAUUAAACCAAAGAAGCCCAAGAUAAAAAAAAAACCAUCAAAAAAAACAACACUUUUAGCUUCUCUCUGCACUUUUAAACACUGCACAUACUUCUGCACUUUUGUUAUGCUCUACCCUUUUAGCUGUGACGAUAGCUGGGGCUGGGCAUAUAACUGGAAACUGCGCUAUCCUAUAAAGGGGACUGGCAUGGAAGAGCUGUCAGAAUCCAACCUGGCUUUUUAAGCUGUAGGUCGCAUGACUAUGCCAACCUGGCGGCUGUAGUACUUAUAAGCCCUUUCCUUAACUUGUACUGUGGGGCCAACCCUUAGACUGGGUCGUCAUCAACACUACUCUACGUCAUCGAAUCAACGCUAUAAAGAGCACAGCUGGCGGCUUCGUCAGCAGCCCAGUGCUUAUUCCUUUUUUUUCUGUCUGUUCUGUAUGUAAUUUUUUUGUGUGUGUAAAUUUAUCAUCACAUUUUAUAUACCGUUACCAGGUGUAGGGUUCAGCUGCCGUUUGUCUGUGGGUUUUGUCUGUUUUAUUUUAUUUUUAUUCAUUUUUACCCAUAUUGCUCAACAUUUUGUGUGUGUUUUAAAAAAAAAAUCAUAAACCAAAGUAUUCUUAGCAGUCAUUUUUUCUUUCUUUCCCCAUCCACCUUUUAUCCCAGUCAAACCUAUCCUGUUAUCAUCCUCAACCCUAGACUGGGGUGUAUAACAAGUGAAAAUCUGAGCCAGCAAUACUAGAGACGCAAUUUUUUAGAAAGUAAAAGUCCAUCUUAUUGUUUGUAUUGUACUUCAAGUCAGAUCAGAGUCUGUUUUUACAGAAGGAAGGGAAUUGGUGGAACAAUCAAUCAUAACCCUGUCUUCUUUCUGCCUCCAAAAUUGUCAAAUUGAACUUGGCUCAAGAGCAGAUCGAGUGAAAAGUAAAGUGCACAUGUCUCAGUGCUUCUGAUAUUUUAACAAAAAUAUAUUUGGACACUCAAUUCAGUACCCCACUCUCACUUAUAUACUCUGUGUGUGUGUGUGUGUGUGUGUGUGUGUGUGUGUGUGUGUGUAUGUAUGUAUGUGAGAGAGCGAGAGAGAUUGAUUCAUAACACCUGUCUGUUCAGAUCUGUGACACAAGUUAGCAAGAAAAUCAAGUUGAUAAGUAAGCAAGUGGGAGGCUUCAUACUUGACCAAAAUUGAGGGUUUAAAAUAGAGCUUUUUCUGGAAUAUUUCUCAAACCCACUUCAGGGUUCCGGUAAACAUGCACUCAGGUCACAGAAUAAAUGCAGUCCUUUAAGCCGGAUUCGAACAAGCGACUUAAAGAUGGUCGUGUUGUUACACAUCUACACUCCACCACACUUCCAACUGAGUUCAGACCUGAACUCUGGAUGAGUGAGGACUACUGAGGAACCUGAAGUACAUGUAUAUGAGGUUUUACGGUAACCAUGAGGCACCUGGUGGAAAAAAGCCGCUCUCUUUAUGAAUUAAUCAUAUGAAUUACUUUCUUAUUUAAUUACAAUAAUGCCAUGAAAUAGAGUUAAAUUAAAUCAAAUAAUUCUUGUAACAUUUAGGUAUAAAUAGUUUUAUCAGUAUUUUGUAAAUUAUUUACAUACAAAUUGAUUGUUCUAAUGCAUAAACUUGUGCAAAAUGUAAAAUUGUAUUCUAGAAAAAAGAAGUGGGCAUGUAAUCUUUACAUUGUAUGUCAGAGUUUCUCAAACUUUUGUAAGUAAAUUAAUGUAAUUGUAAAUGUAAUUAAAAUUUUCAGUAUAACGUUAUUUAGCAUUAAUCAGGGAUGAACUGGGACCAAAAAGUGGCCCUGGACUUUCUGCUCCAAAGCAGACCACUACACCCGGCUAAGAACACGGCCCGUCAUCACACCCCGGCUCAUUGAUUGUUAGACCAAUUUUUAACACCACUUACUAACAUAAAAAUAUAAAACAAUACAGAAACAUAAAUGCUAUUUAAGCAUAUUUAUUUGAAGUAGUGCGGAACAGAUAUCAAGUCAUAUUUGUAAAAUAGGCAAACAGAAGAACAGUGUGACAAGAUAAUAUAUUAUAUUAAACAAUCAAGAAUAUAAAACAAUCAAGACGGCAUGUUAGCUAGUCAGGGGGCAUCAUCUGGUGCAGUGUAUGAGAACUGCAACACUCAGCUGUACAGCUAAAAGGAAAAAAACAAACUUUCUUAACCAUUUAGAUUAUGCAGAGUUUUAGGGGCCCUUGGUAGCUUGUGGCCCAAGGCAAUUGCCAACCUUUGCCUUAUGAUAAAACUUGCCCCAGUUUACAGGAGCUCAGACUUAUACACGUGUUUAGAUAAUGAGCUGAUGUUAUAGUUAACAUAAAAUAUAUAAAGCUAUAAACAUUAGAUCAGCUGUGUUAGGAGCAGGAGCAAACAAUGAGCUGUCCAGUCUUAAUGUCUGGAUCCUGUACAGCCUCAGUCUGAUGAACACACACUUCUAGGGCUGUAACUAACGAUUAUUAGUUGGCUGAAUUUUUGUUUGUUUAUUCGAGGGGG